AUGUCAGCCUCAAAGACAACUAAAACCUGGAUCCUAACCAGAUCGCAAACCUAUGAGCCUGGCAAGAGCUUGCGUCUUGGCCAGGUCCUAUUGGAUCCACGACGGCCAGCGGACGCACUGUUUUCAAAGUCCUCGAGCUUCCUACCUAUCCCAGCAGAAUAUACCAGAGAUUUAGGCGAGAAGAACAACGUCACCAUAAAAGUCGAAUCGAAGCUUAAUGCAUCCUUCACAGCUUGGGGCAAAUUGAACAGCACACCGGUCACAGCAAAGGGGAAUGCGGCUACAAACCAGUGGACCACAAAGAAGUGGAUUUUGCAAAAGCUCGAAUCGGAAACAUUCCUUCCCGAGUUGGAAUACGUGAAAGAAAUCUUGAAGAGAGGCGAUGUGCCCGCUGCGACUAAGUGGUGGAGGCUGCAACGCAGGAUCUUCUUAGUGACUGGUGUGAGAAUUGCGCGUGGCGCCAGUGUCUCAUUGGAAACCGACUCACACAAGACUUCGGCCAGCAUUAAGGCUGGACUAGAUGGAUCAAGUCAGGGUGUGCCAGUGCAGGCAGGCUUAGGCGCAGCUCUCGGACAGGAGACGGAGCAAAUCGAAAAAGCAGAGGAGUCGUCCGACUUUGUCUUCGCCUAUCGUCUGCACGAGAUUACGUGGAUUGCUGGAGUAGAUAAGCGUGUCUAUACUGGCGGUGACGUCGAAUCUGUUCGUGAGAGUCACGCCCCUGUCGAUCAACAGGUCAAGAGUGAUGCGGACGAGAUUACGGGUUACGAACUCGAAAGUCUCGAGCUCUUUGAUGAGGAGGGCGAUGUGGACGACAUGGUAGAGUAA